CAUCUCUGGCUCAGGUGCAGAAGGAGCUGGUCUAUAGCCACGCCUGGGCUGUGCUGUCCCUCUCCCAGUUCCUGCUGGCUCCUGACAACUGGUGCAGAUGUGCCACCUCCUGUACCACGUGGGCAUUUUCCUCGUCUGCCUCCCAGUGGGGGCCAUCUACCUGCUGUGGGUGCUGUGGCUGCUGGUGACCAAGGGACCAUUGAAGACCUUCCACUGGAGGGUGCGGAAGACCCUCCCAUCAUGCCUCAUGGGCACUGCCUAUGGGAAGCACUGCUACCUGCGGCUUGAGAGCUCAAGGCUGCGCUUGCAUUAUGUCACAGCUGGUCCAGAGGAGGCCCCACUCAUGCUGUUACUGCAUGGGUUCCCGCAAAACUGGUACUGCUGGCGGCACCAGCUGCAGGAGUUUCGGAAGCGGUUCCGGGUGGUGGCGCUGGACAUGCGGGGAUACAACGCCUCGGACGCCCCCAGCGGGGAGGAGAGCUACGAGAUCCCGCUCUUGGUGGAGGAUGUGCGGGAGGUCAUCGAGAUGCUGGGUACCAAGGACAAGCUGGGCUCUGUCAAAGCCAUUGUGGUGGGACAUGACUGUGGGGGAGUCCUCGCCUGGGUGUUCACUGCCCAACACCCCAACCUGGUGGAGAAGCUGAUCCUCAUGAACACAACACACCCCUCUGCGCUGAUCGAGUACUCCAUCUGCCACCCCAUGCAGCUGCUGCGCUCCUCCUACAUGUUCCUGUUCCAGCUGCAGGGCUACGCUGAGCUCAUCUUGUCCCUGGGUGACUUUGCGCUGCUGAAGUGGUUCAUGAGCAGCAGGAUUGCAGGAAUCCAGAACCUGCAGCAGUGCCACACGGAGCAAGAGCUGGAGGCUUACAUCUGCGGCCUUUCCCAGCCAAGCAGGGUAGAUGGGGCCAACUGUGCCAGGAGGCCUUUUGUGAAGAAGACUGUACUGACACCCACACUGGUGAUCUGGGGGAAGAAGGACGUGUUCCUGGAGGUUGGGCUCCUUGCAGUCCUGCAGCGGUACUUCCACCACGGGUGCCGCAUUGAGCUCCUCCCCCAGUGCAGCCAUUGGGUGCCCGAGGACCAGCCGGAGAAGGUCAAUCAGCUGAUGUGGGCCUUCCUGCAGGACAGCAGAUGA